CUCCCGUGAUAGGUGGUGGCGGCGUCGGCACUGGGCCUACCUCCUCAAGCAUGCUGUAUCUGGUCGGGCUGGGCUUGGGAGAUGCCAAGGACAUCACGGUGAAGGGGCUGGAGGCGGUGAGGCAGUGCCGCAGGGUGUACCUGGAGGCCUACACGUCCAUCCUCACGGUGGGGAAGGAAGCGCUGGAAGAGUUUUAUGGAAGAGAAUUGAUUUUGGCUGACCGAGAAAUGGUGGAACAAGAAGCAGAUAGCAUUUUAAAAGAAGCUGAUGUUUGCGAUGUCGCAUUUCUUGUAGUUGGUGAUCCCUUUGGGGCCACAACGCACAGUGAUUUAGUACUACGUGCAGUAAAACUGGGAAUUCCAUACAAGGUCAUUCAUAACGCUUCAAUAAUGAAUGCAGUGGGCUGCUGUGGUUUACAGUUGUACAAUUUUGGAGAGACAGUUUCUGUAGUUUUCUGGACCGAUACGUGGAAGCCAGAGAGCUUUUUUGACAAGAUUGAGAAGAACAGGCAGAAUGGAAUGCACACACUGUGCUUACUUGAUAUUAAAGUGAAGGAGCAGUCUCUGGAGAAUCUAAUGAAAGGAAGAAAGAUUUAUGAGCCACCCCGCUACAUGAGUGUGAAUCAAGCUGCAGAACAGCUUCUUGCCGUUAUUCAAAACCGGAGGCUCCAAGGAGAAGAACCAGAAAUUACUGAAAACACAGUUUGUGUUGGCCUUGCACGUGUGGGUGCUCCAGAUCAGAAGAUCGCUUCAGGCACACUACGUGAGAUGUCCACAGUGGAAUUAGGCGGUCCGCUACAUUCCUUGAUUGUUACAGGCACUAUGCAUCCUCUGGAAUUAGAAAUGCUUAAGCUUUUUUCUGUAGAUAGUUCCAGUUUUGAAAAUAAUGCAUUUCAAAGGACCACUUAAAUAAAAAUUAGGCUUUUUUU